CAGCAGGAAUAGAAAAGACUUGCCAAGACCAUUUCAAUAAUGGUUUUAAUAAAACUGGAAUUUAUCAAAUCAGUCCAAAUGGUUCAGUAUUUGAGACUGUAUGUGAAAUGGAAAAAGUUGAACGACAAAAUCCUAAAGUGACAAACCCAAUAUGCUAUUCAUUGAAACAAAAAUCAGAGCUAUUAUUUAACAAUUCAGUAUCAUAUUGUGUUGUAACAUGUGCAAAUCGCUCUGAUAUUGAUACUAUGUUUUUUUCUUACGAUUCUGGUUGUUUCUGUGGGCACAAACUAAGUUCUUCACCGCUAAAAACUAAAUGGGAUUAUUGCACUAUUGAUUCAUCAUCAAAAAAUUGUAUGCUAUCAAAAGGAGAUUCUAAUCAACUCAUAGGCUAUGAUAAUCCAAUUAAUAUUAGUUACAUUUCAUGGCGCUUGUGUGUAAGCUUUUGUGUAGAUUAUCAGCGAAAAAAUCCGACACAGAAUGGGCAUGUUGCAAGUUAUAUAGUUGAUGUUUAUGGAGACUGUCAAUGCUUGUACGGAUUUAGUGGUCAGAAAAUCUCUUAUAAAUUAGGUUGUUCAUUUUAUGAAACAAUCCCACCAACAGCACUUCCACAAGUUAAAGUCAUUGAACGUUUUGUUACUCGCGACAAUUUGCUUGCAUUGUUGACAUCAUUAGAAAAGGCAUUCUCUGUUUCGUUCAAGUUGUAUCUUAUAUCAUUAUCAGAGUUAUUGGAAAAUGUUAUUCAUUUAACCAUUGGGAGCAAUGUUGAGCAAUAUGAUGAUAGAUGUCAUGCUGUAUGGGUUAAAUCAGGAGAGCUGCUCAUUUGUUCUGCAGUAAAUUUAGAAAAAGAUCAUUGUUUUACCACAUCCCAACUUCCACUAAAUGCGUGGUCAACUAUAAAAAUAUCACAAAUCAAACAAAAAGGAGAAUAUAAAUACAACAUUUGUAUAAAUGAAAUUGUUGUUUACAGCACUGUUAAUACAUAUCCCCAAUCCUUUUCAAAUGUUUAUGUUUAUUCUGCAGAUUCUUGGCACAACGAGUUUAAAGACGGUUUCAUUAAAGAUCUAAAAAUUGUAAAUGAAAAUGAUAUUGAAGCUGCAGACCCUGUUGAGCAGAUAUUGAUUAAAGGUAGCUUGAAUACAUUACUACCCGUGCUAGAAAAAACCUAUUCAGUUUCUUUUAAAAUAAAAGCUAAUUCAUAUUCAGAAGGAUGGAAAAGUGUUAUUCAUUUAACAAUUGGAGACAAUGCCGAUCAAUAUGGUGAUAGAUGUCCAGCUGUAUGGUUUCAUAUUGAUGGCUCAGGGAGAUUAUACAUUUCUGCAGCUGUCAAUGGAAACAAAAAUUAUGCUUUUACAACCCAGCCUUUACCGCUAAACCAGUGGUCAAGUUUACAAAUAUCACAGUAUAAAACAAAUGGAGUUUUUAUGUAUACAGUGUAUUUGAAUGAGUUACUUGUUCAUAGCGUUGUAAACAAUAAGCCACAAACUUUUUCAAAUGUUAAAGUUUAUACUGCAGAUCCAUGGUAUUAUGCGCAAAAUGGCUCCAUUAAAGAUCUUAAAAUUACAGGUGGAAGAAGUGAAAUCUGGAUUCCAAUGAUGACUCGUUUUUCCAAUUGGGAAUCAAAUUUUUGGAAUAGAAGUUACGAGUCUUAUGAAAAUGGUUUUGGUUUAAUUAAUCAGCUAUGGAUUGGUUUAAAAAAACUCAAUCAAAUAACAAGUACAUUUUUCACAGAUAUGAGAGUUGACUAUUUUUUCGAAGACAAUAUUACAUUUAGUACAAUGUAUUAUAAUGUUAGUAUCGGUUCGAGUAAAGAUAGCUACGUAUUAGGCUACGAAAGCUACGACCCAAAAGACUCAUUUGAACCAGAUCGACUCAACGCCAAUGGCAUAACAUUUAAAAGUUGCAGUAAAUGGUGGACAGCUAAUUGCAACGAAUAUGUGUCUCCAACUUCAUCUCAUUACAUUUCAUAUGGAUCAACAGAAAAUUUGCUUUCCAUACAAUUUUUUUUACGUACGAACGAAAUCAAGUGAAAAAUAUUAAAAUAAAGAUAAAAUACAUCAAAGUUGCAAUAAACUUUGAUAUUAUUGUUUUUAUUGCUUAUAAAAGUUUGCAUGUGACUUUUAAUAAUAUUAUGUAAAUAAAAAGUUUUAAAUUUUUUUAAUAAAAGCUUAUCCAAAUAAAUUGCGCAUUAAUGUUUACCUAAGGAGCCAUCCAUAAAGGACGUCACCAUUUUUUAGCCAAUUUUUGACCCCCUCCCCCCCCCGUGUCACCGGUUGUCCU